GUCCUUUUUGUUCAUACAAAAUAACGUUAUUUAAUGUUUUAAACAUUUUAGGGCGAUGAAAAGAAUGACAAUGACAUUCUUUGUCUAGCUAUACUUAUAAGUGGAACAUUUGUGUAUAACUGUAUCGGAGUUAUAAACCACGAUCUUUUGAAGAAGCUUUCGUUUGUGACAAAACUAUCUGGCAAAAUACUUAUGAGUGACGAAAUACCACAACACAUUCUUGAUAUUGGUUUUGUCUUUCCUACGUUUGUUCUUUGUCUGCGUGACUUCACACUUAACAUCCCUGAAAAUGAAACACCAGACACAUAUUUUGAAAAAAGUUUAGCUGUAGAAACGGACGUAAAACAGACGAAAACACAAGAGUACAAUGAAAUAAAAAAAUCAAUAUUAAAGCAUUUUCCAAGGAGAAAAUGUUUUGUUUUUGGAAUCCCAGUAUCAAACGGUAAAAUCUUAGACAGAUUAGAGGAAGUUCACGAAUCAGAACUGAGUGAAGAUUUUCGUGCAGACACAAAAAAGUUUCUACGAUAUUUGCUCAGUAUCAAACCCAAAAAAAUGUUUGAUGGCAGUUCUAUUAAUGGAAGAAUGUUUGCCUCUUUGACUAAGAAGUACACAGAUUCACUUGCAAAUGGUAAAAUGCCGUGUAUUGAUGAUGCCUUCACAACAAUGGCAAAACAGGAAAAUGAACUUGCUUUGGAAGAAGCUGUGGGCAUGUGUUAACGGCAGAUAAAAUCUUUGGGAGUCCCGUUGCCUGCAGAUUUUGAAGGAAAAUACCAACAAAUGCAAAGUGAUGCCCUUAAACAUAUUCGUAAGAAAUCUGUGCUGGAUAGUCGACAAGAAUAUCAAAAGAAGGCAGAAGUAAAAUUUAGUUUUAAAGGCUUAUUAUGUUUCAGAAAUAUUAAAACAUCUUUUUGUAAAGGAAAGGACAAGCACGUGUCUAAUUACUUUUUACAAUACUAGUAGAUUAAAAACAUAUCAUAUCCUAUCACC